CGGUCGCUGGGCUGUGUAUUGCUGUGCUCUUCAUCUUACACAUGAAUGCCCCGCUGUGUGGCAAUACACUCCGAGAUGUCUACUGCAGCAACCGUGCUAUCCUGAACCUGGCCUGCAGUCCCACCCCCAUAAAUGACAUCUAUGGCCUGUCCAUGUCCUGGUCUCUGACUACAAGCGUCUUCCUCAUCAUUGCUUUUUCCUACUUCAGAAUCCUGCAUGUGACUGUAAAACUAGGCCGAUCCGACAGCAGAGUCCGCAGUAAGACCAUUCAGACCUGCACACCCCACCUUGUUGUUUACGUACUCUAUCAAAUAGCUUCAGUGGUCAUCAUUUUAAGUUUCAGGUUCCCCUCACUCUCACAAAACAUCAAGAAGUUCUUCAGCAUCCUGGUUUUCAUUGUAUCACCAGCCAUUAACCCCAUUAUAUAUGGAUUGGUCAGUAAAGAGUUACGUGCUAGCAUCAUCAAGCAUUUCACCAAUUUACAAGCCCGUCAGAAAAGGAUUAGAGCAGUUUAACUUCCUAAGGUCAUGGAAUUCCUUAUAAUUGUUUUUUAAGCCCAUUUGACCUGUUUUUUAAGUUUUCUAUAA